CCCCGCGCUCCACGCCCCUACCAACGGCCUGCUGGCACACUACACUCCACGGCGGAUACUGAGCAACUCUUUAAUUUAAUUUUGGUUCGACCGUAAAUUGCGACCCUGAUACACCAUCUUGAAAUACUCUCCUCCUUGUCGGGAUACCACAGCUUUUCGUCGGCUGUGCUGUGAUUUGCGUCCCGCGCAUACUUCCGAGUCUGUCAUACAUACUGUGUGGCGCGCGUCGCGGAGCCGGUUCAAAUCCAUCACUUGUCUUCCACACACUAGGUGACCUAUGGGCGGUUAAAGGCGGUUCCAAAGCCGUGCCAGCAUAUACCCGUGUAUCCAGCAAGUGCUUGAGGCUGGGGUUCGUUUGUUUUCAGUGGCAGGCUUCCUAGAAAUAUCCGGCUCGACAACGGGCGCCUCUUGGACCUUCAUUCUGCAUAUCAUUAUAAGCACAAUCGCGGCUUCAUCAGUGAUGAACGACCAGGAAUCUGAAAAGGAUUCUAGGGUAGAUCAUAGCCCCUCACGAUUCACGGCCGUGAAUGGGAGAGAAGCUCCAGUUGCAGUUACCACUUUUGGUGGCAGUUCAAUCGACGGAGACGGUCGAGAUUCCACUGAGGCCUGGCCUCCUGGUGGGUGCGACCCGUCUACUCACCAAGAAGAAAAAUCAAAGGAGAAUGGGAAUCCCCGUAACGAUAUAGAUGAACAACUGUCACAGCGUUCGACAUCCCACGGUGCUUCUAAUUCUAUGAAUCGCUCCAAACGGAAGAGAUCAGAAACAGACGAGCAAGAUGAUGAUCCAUAUCCACCAUAUCGCGCUCCGAGAAGCCCUGUCCAACCCACGGAUGGUCCCGCAGAACACCACUCACAAUCAGGCGUCCCCAAUGGGAUUAUGAGCUCCCAAAGUGAUACUGAAUCCAAGAACACAACCCCUCAAAAUCACACCAGGCUAGAUGAGGGUGAUAACAACCGGAAGCUCUCCACAAAUUCCAAUUGGCAUGAAUGUGAUGCUCAACUUUUAAAUCAAGCCCAGCGGACGCAGCAAAUCGAUGCUUCGGACGCCCAACUAGCGGAGGCACUUCAACGCGAUGCGCAAGGGCCUGAUAUGGCCCAAAAGACCUGGGAUAGCGUCAAUCGCCCUAUCGAUGGUGCUAUAUCAAACGAACAGACGGCCGCACCUUUCCCCCAGGAUCGUCCACAAAACCCCGUGCAAAUUGCACCCAAAAGGAAGCGCGUCUUCAGCAAUAGGACUAAAACAGGUUGCAUGACUUGCCGAAGGCGAAAAAAAAAGUGCGAUGAACAGCAUCCAGCCUGCAAUAAUUGUAUUAGAGGAGGCUUCAUCUGCGAAGGAUAUUCAUCUCGAAGCACUUGGCAGAAGCCAUCCACAACGAAAACACCGGUCCCACUACAAUCAAAGGAGGGUUAUCCGGAUAUUGGUGGACAGUAUGUACACGACAUCAACCAGCACGAUCGACAGCAAAGCCUAGUAGAACCACUUGAACCGGGGAAAAUGAGGCCUAUAAUUGUUGAUGAUGAAACCCGCGCCUCAACGCAGUUCAACACUACCAGUCCCACGGGGGUUGGUCCUAGCCGGGGCUCAUGGUCAAAGCGAACUUGGCCAAAUGCAAGCCACCCCAGUUAUAUUGCAGAUUCCCUACCAAAAUCUGAUUUUCGGGAAGUACCUUCGAUCCACGAAUUGUCUCGUGAUGGACACGCCAAAAGUGAUUAUCAACUCGUUCCGCCGAUCAGGGAGCUUGCACAUGGCGGCCAUACGAAAACCAAUGUCCCACUCUUCCAAGGCGGGAUCGAUCAGCGACCAGCACAGACUAACAGCAUUGAUACCAGCACUCCCCAAGCUCAAGCCCGAAUGGCGUUGAGUAUUGAGCACCAGUUGUCCGGCCGCGCUGUCUCUAGCGAGGAGACAGAAAAAGAUAAAAUGUUACGCGGCGACCUUUAUAGGCCUUUCGAUGUUCUCCUCGUGGAAGAAAGGGACCGAUGUAGAGCUGCACUUUGGCGGUUCAAUAAUGCCUGCAAUCCUGUUUCGGGGCUUAGCGCCAAGGAACAAAACCGUUUGCUUAAGGAAAUAUUGGUGCCUCAACCGUGUAUCAACUCAUCAGCCGUUGCAUCACCAAGGCCUGCGGGCUCUAUUGGUCAAGGUGCUGUGGUAGAAGCGCCUUUCCGUUGUCAUUAUGGAUACAACAUUCAUAUUGGCGAAGACGUGAUGGUGUCUGAGAGCUGCCUCUUUGUCGAUGAUUUGCCUGUUAGUGUCGGCGCACACACAUGGAUUGGCCCAAGAGUGACAAUUCUCACAACGAUGGCUCAUGCAAAUAUGCAGGAACGGAAAGGCUCGCAAAGCCGUUACCAAGGCCGACCCGUCACAAUUGAAGAAGAUUGCUAUGUCGGUGCUGGUUGUACAAUUUAUCCUGGUGUCCGUCUGCGGCGUGGAGCAUACGUUGCUCCUGGUGAAGUUGUUAAAUCUGACAUUGUUGCCUAUGGUUUCCAAGGCUUGAAGCCAAGCUAUAUGUGACAGCCCUCCAACCCGCCGUGGGCGCGACUUUUUUUUUCAGCUUUGCUAGCUUGGCUUCUAAUUGGCGUACGGUUGGGGUGUCCUUUAUUUUCUCUUGUAAUACCACAACAGUGUUGAUUCGUUUUAUCUUUGCGUUGCUUCCUUUUUUUUUGUUUUUUUGGGGGCUCAACUUUAUAUCUGACUGGUUCAGAACGGGCGAAAGCUGUCUUCAUUUUACCCUUCGCAAGGUAUUUUGGUUCUAUUUCUACUUAUUACAUUUAUACUCGGGUGCUC